CAAGAUCACACUAACACGUCGAACGUGAUCAAGAAACAGCCAUGUGUAUGUUCAAGCCCAAGCAUCUCUUCCACUACGACGAGACCACUGGAAUGGGAACCGUCUCGCUUAUACAGCACGACCUCUACGUGGACAAUCUAAGAAGCUGGGAGAUUGAACAGAUGGAGUUUGACAAAGGCGAGCUCGACAAGUACCAUGACCAACAACCACCAGCGUACUGUCCAGUCGAUAACGACCAGGCACCACCACCACGGUACCAGCUACAGCAGCAGCAUGGAUCGCAUCACUACAUGGAUCACAAGAACAACAAGUGCCUACCAUUACCUGUUACAACCCCAAGACGCAAGCUCACACGGUUCUCCCGCUUGAGAACGCACAUGUUCAUCAUAACACUGUGUUUAGUCUUACUGGGUCUUCACACAAUGGCAUCACACUGUGGUUGAAUGCCCACUAUGAGCCACCACGUAUAGACAGAUGAGCCCCAUACAUCACAUGCCAUAUAUACACAAGCUUACUAUACAGUAAUAAUAUGAAAAAAAGAUCACAGAUUAAUAUAAUUGUUCGGUGAGAGUACUCUAUCUAUGUACUUGUCUUAUACCACUGUAUUACAGAAUGGUUGGAGCAGAGUGAUCAGUUAUCGUCGAUGUGCUGAUCGUGCAACUUGGCAUAACGACCACUUGGGUCUUCAGCACAACCCCAGUCAGCCUUUGGAAUCCAUCUCAUAACAGUCUCAGCAGCAGCCUUAGAUGGGAACAACUCG